CCUUUCUUUGCUUGUCAUCGUCUCAUGUUUUCUUCCUUCCUAUUUCCCAAUUACUAGGUAUUUACUAGUGUAGGUAUUUACUAGGUACCUAGUAUAAUGUUUCAAUAUACUAGUCGCUUUUAGGUAUUAUUCCAGAAUUAUUCUCUUCAUUUUUUGUGGUUUUGCAUAGUACAUACUACAUAGUACAUACUACACAUCAACAAACCAGCCCAAACCCUACAAGGCCACGUUCCCAACCCUCGUCUCCUCGUGUUCGCCCACACCGACCCCGACUUAAACCAUUACAUAUAUCACCCCCCUCCCCUUCCCCGUCUCCCUAUAUUGCUCACCUGCUCACCAUGGACUCAACUUCUACUACCGCGAAGAAUUCAAACCCAACCCCCGCUCAGGAAGAAUUCCAAAACUUCCUCGAUAAAAACACAGAUAACGGCCCACGCGUACAUCCCGACGAUCGAGAACACGCUCGUCAAGAGGCUGAAAACUCGGACCAAGACGAAGGUGAAGACGAAGAAGACCGCUACCGCAACAGUCAGAUAGACGCAGCUAUGCGCGCUCCCACCUUGACAGGCGAUGUGAAGCUGCCCCCGGCAACCUUCGACUCCGGUCGUAGUACCGGUGUUAAAGGCGUCAUUGCCGACGCUCGCUCCUAUGAGCUGGCCCGCCAAAACAAGUGGCGGACUAGGGUCCGUGCUGCUCGCAAAUCUGUCUUCGGCAAAAACGACGUAAUGAAGACCCCACGUUCCCAUAACAGUGGAAGUGACGAGGAUGGAGACGAGGACGAGGACGCGUUUCUACAACAAUGGAGGGAGUCACGAAGGCAGGAGCUUGAGAAAGAGGCCAAAACUGGUUUUCAUAACCGGAGAACGAGCCCAAGCCUAAGAAUGUUUGGACACUUCGAUACCGUAGAUGCUUUGGGGUAUUUGGAUGCCAUCGAGAAAGUGGGCAGAGAGUCGAUUGUCGUCGUGUUUGUUUAUGACCCCGAGUCUGAAGUAUCGAACCUGGUCGAAGCGGCGUUGAAACCAUUGGUCACUGCGAACCCUUACAUUCACUUUGUCAAGGUUCACUACGAAGACAUCGAGUUCGACAAUGCUGCCGUACCUACCAUAUUAGCGUAUCGGAACCAAGGUGACCUGUUCGCAAACAUGACAGGGAUCAUCGACAUGAUACCCGAAGACGAGGACUUUGACAGCGACUCGUUGCGGAGGAUAUUCGAACAGAAUCGUGUGCUAUAAGUCAUAUUUGAAAUACCUCGGAAAUUAUACUUGCAUCCACUAGCCUUGCCGAACGGCUAUGCGAGAGCUAUUUCUACCACGGCGUACUAUCUAAGCCCUUAUUAAACUUGUUGGAAUACACAACGCAAAAUCGAUACCCCCCGGCAACUCUAUUGUCCCCCACUUUCUCUAAAAGGGGAAACACCAUAAAGUUGUUGACUAGUCCACGUUGUU